AUUAUUAUUAUUUUUUUAUUCCCGCUGUAAUAUUCAACAAUCUUAAGGUAGUAUUGUCCGGAGUUCGGAUUCAGCAUCGUGGGUUCCUCCGGCAACGGGAUGAGUUCCGAAAUCCCGGUGGAAACCUCUUCGGUUGCCAUGGUUGUGCCGUCCUCACCACUGCCCUUCGGGUCAAGUGUGGGGGCCGCAACCAUGACAUCGUUCUUAAUGCCGAGCUCGAUCUUCGGGUCGGCCCCUCGACCCAUCCCCGGGCUCGAAACCACGGGGGAUUACUCCGUCGGUAAUUCGAACCCGUUUCUCGGACCAACUAUGGCUCCGGCCUCGACGGUCAACUUUGGACCGAACGCGGGUUUCCCCACACCGGUCAAUCCAUUCGUUGGACCUCACUGGACAACCAACGGGCCUUUCCUUCACACACCCAAUGCGGUUGGGCCGAUUUCAGUGCCUGCUAGUUUGGUCCAAAGGCCACCGAAGUUCACUGGCACGAACUUCAAAAUGUGGCAACAAAAGAUGACGUUCUUCUUGACCGUCCUUGGAUUUGCUGAGUACGUGCAGCAAGAUCCUCCCCAGCCCAACGAUGCCAACGACCCCCUCGUGGCGAUGGUGAACCAAGCAUGGUACCACAACAACUAUCUCGCCAUCAACAUUAUCCUUGAGGGGUUGGGAGAUACGAUGUACCCCUUCUACGCUGGUGCAAAGCUUGCCAAAUCUUAAGGUAGUACAGUUCAAAGAUAUCACGUUCUACUGAACAGCCAGUAGAGAAGGUAUACUUUACAAGAAGUAGGUUCAAAGGCUUAAAACCUACCUACUCUUGCAGGUUUCAACUAAAGAGUUAUAGCCAGU